GCGAAAGGUAAGCGGCGGCUUCGCUGGUGCUGAGUGGUUGGGCGCCGGCCUGGAGGGGACGGGGCGGCAGCACCAUCAAGCUCCCGUCUCUGCCCUUCCCGGCUGCCCUGCCGGCCUCCCUCCCAGGGAGGCAGCGUCCUCUCGGGCAGCCCAAAUCUUUGCCUCUCCGUGGACUCCCUCUACCCGCACCCCAAGUCGGUGGAGCUCUCUGGCCCCACAGAGCCCAUUUCCCGUACUCACCUUGCGGGCCCCAGACAGUCUGUUCGGUGCUUCAUCCAUGGACACCCUCACCCCGAGAACUCUCUCGUUUCCUGCAGUUUCUUAGUGUCCUGGCUCACGAGACUCAUAGGGGAACAUGGUGUUUUCAGGAGACGCCGCUUUUCUUUUGUCGUAGUGCGGACACUUGUGCUUUUUCAGCCCUGCAGCACAAUGUGUAGAACUGAACUGAAUGCAGUUUCUUUUGGAGGCGUCCAGUGCAUCUGUCUUUGAGUAAGCCUUCGGCAGCAAACAGUAGUCCAUGACACUGGGGGAAGCCAGAUACGACUCAGAUUGUCAGUCCUCAGGCUGUCGCCAGCAAAGCCUUUCCCCUUUUUUCAGGACAGUACUACAUCCAAGAGGUGGAAGGAUACUUUUGUUUUGUUUUGUUUUGUUUUGGGUUGUGUUGUGUUCAGAGUUUCGCUCUGUCGCCCGGGCUGGAGUGCAGUGGCGCGAUCUCCGCUCACCGCAACCUUCACCUCCCGGGUUCAGGUGAUUCUCCUGCCUCAGCCUCCCGAGGAGCUGGGAUUACAGGCCCGCGCCACCACAUCCGGCUAAUUUUUGUAUUUUUAGUAGAGAUGGGGUUUCACCAUAUUGGACACGCUGGUUUCAAACUCCUGACCUCAAGUGAUCCUGACCUCAAGCGAUCCACCAGCUUCGGCCUCCCGGAGUGCUGGGAUUACAGGCGUGAGCCACCCAGCCCGGCAGGAAAGAUACUUUUCUAGAAAGUAUAUUUUACCUUAAAAACAACAUAUAUAUAAUCAAUUUUAAAAACUUAAGUGAUUAUAAUUUUUUUCUUAAAUAUUGUAAUAUACAUGCAAAGGCCUUUUAUCAAGAGUAAGAUGGGGUGAGGUGGUGAAAUAUUGGUGGUCUGGAAAUUGGGAGACCUAGGUGAUCGCACCCUCCUGGUAAAGACAUCUCCUUGGGUCUGGGUUUCUCAGAAAGGAGUUUAGAAGGGAGAGUUAGACUAAAUGCCCAUUUGUGUUGCUAUAAAGGAAUACUGAGACUGGGCAGUUUAUGAAGAAAAGAAGUUUAUUUGGUUCAUGGUUCUGCAGGCUGUACAGGAAGCAUGGUGUCAGCAUCUGUUUCUGAUAAUAAAUCAUCAUUGAUCAAGAUGUCUUCAGCACCUGAGCCUCCAACAUUCAAAAAGGAACCACCCAAAGAGAAAGACUUUCAAAGCCCAGGGCUCAGAGGGGUGCGCACAACAACCUUAUUUCGUGCUGUGAAUCCAGAGCUCUUCAUUAAACCUAACAAACCUGUAAUGGCUUUCGGAUUGGUAACUCUUUCACUUUGCAUGGCAUAUAUUGGUUACCUACAUGCAACACAAGAGAAUAAAAAGGACCUCUAUGAAGCUAUUGAUAGUGAGGGGCACAGUUAUAUGAGGCGGAAAACAUCCAAAUGGGAUUAGUAGUGCUGGUUACUGCAGAUGGACCUUUAUUAAGGGUUCCGAAAUCUUCAAAUGAAAGACCUUGUGAGUGUAGAGUAUCAUGUUUCUUGUUCUAGAACAUGCUAAUGGAGAGAGAAGAUAGCAGUUGCAACCAGACAACUGUCGUAAAUUUUGUCCUUUCACAGCUGCAGCCAUUAUCUCAUUCUUUUUCCACAGAGCGAGCGUCAUAAUAUUUUUCUUUCCUUACCUCUUAUAAAAGUGCCAUGAGAAUGGAAGUUGUUUUUGUUAAUUAUUAAAUUCUGUAUAAUAAAAGUACCCAUGCUGUUAAAUUUGCAUGAUGUUUUAAAUAUUUUAAGGUGAAUUAUGCCGGUGCAGCUGUCGUGAAAGUUUACUUGUGUUUUGCUACUUGCAAAGGAAAUGUUCAUGUUUUCCCUGGCAUAGAACCUAUAUUUUUAAAGAAAGAUAAAUAGAAAUUUUAAAGCCUGAAGUCAAUAUUAAAAAUAUGAGAUAUGAGAAACUGAGUUGGCUCUGACAAGUAGUUUUUAUAGUGUCACAAAUGGUUCAUAUAUUUCAGUUUCUAUUUUAGCUAUAUUUGGGGCAGAAUUUUAUUUUAAUGGAAAAGAUCCUUCCACUCAGCUACUAAAAUAAGGAUUAAGAAUAUCCCAGAGUAAUUGGAGUUUUUCUUUAAAAAAAAAAAAAAAGUAUGUUUUACUGAGGUAUGAUGAUUUUGACAACUAAAUAUUAUCUAUUUUAGUUUUUGUUUCUGUUAAUUAAUGUUAAUUAAUUUUGUUUAUGUUAAUUUAUGUUACAGUAAUGUUAUAAACAUAAGACCAAGUGUUCUUAUAGUUAUUUAAAAACUACAACUACUCAAUAGAUAAGGAAUAGAUAAGGUCUCCUUAUUGUACCAGGUUUACCUUACAUACUUUUUUUUCUUUUGAAGUUUAUAUGCCAGCAGGCCUUUUUGUUUUUUUCCUUUUUAGAAUGUUUCUUACUCUCUGAAGCAUCAGCAUUUUGAAGUGUCUUUUAUGGAAGUGGGGACAGAAAUGGGGGUAAAAAUGAGUGUAAACAAAGCCCAGCCCCACGGUCAGCACCCACUGCAGGCGAGCAGCAGAAUGGCCUUGGUUGUCCUGGCACCUGGCCCAGGGGCCUAGGACAGAGGUCAAGGCUAGGCCCCUGUGUCUGGCCAGAUUCUGCCUUAUGGAAUUCAAAUCUUUCUCACAAGGAUUCUGGACCUGCUUCAUUUCUAGAUAUACACCUAAUUCUCCAAAUCAUUGUAAUUGGGCCUCAGUAGUAAAUCUCAUCUCUGAAGUCUUGCUUCAGUCGCUAUUAAUAUUACCAAGUAAUAAUAACAGCACAGCAGAGUUUAUAAUAAUGUUAUUUUUAAUUUGUCAUACUUUAUUGUGGUUUUGUAAGGUACAUGACAAUGUAAUUAUGUGUGAUUUGUAGGUAUUAUAGAACUUAGCUAAUUGAAUUUACAUGGAACUAAAUAAAAUCUGUACUACUGAGCCCCAAA